AACACACACAUACACUCACAGAGACGCAGACAGGGAGAAGCCGGAGUGAGAGACAGAUUAGAAGGAAGACGAAUUGAAGGAAGCGGGGAGGAAAGUGCUUAGACUCCCCAAACAAGCUGCAGCUACAAAGAGCAUCACCUGGCUUCAUCGCUUCAGUCUUCAGUGUCGUUUGUCUUAAGAAGAUUCCACAAACAUGCCCAAUUUUGCAGGCACUUGGAAAAUGAAGAGCAGCGAGAAUUUUGACGAACUUCUCAAGACUCUGGGUGUAAAUGCCAUGCUUAGAAAGGUGGCAGUAGCAGCAGCUUCAAAACCACAUGUUGAAAUUCGACAAGAUGGAGACCAGUUCUAUAUUAAAACCUGGACCACAGUAAGGACCACAGAGAUUAAUUUCAAAAUUGGAGAGGAAUUCCAAGAAGAGACAGUAGAUGGAAGAAAGUGCAGGAGCUUGGCUGUUUGGGAAACUGAAAACAAAAUGUAUUGCAAACAGACACUUAUUGAUGGAGAUGGUCCCAAAACAUACUGGUCACGAGAAUUAAAAGAUGGUGAACUGAUAUUGAUAUUUGGAGCUGACGACACUGUGUGUACAAGGAUUUAUGUCAGAGAGUGAAGAUACAAGAAUAUGACCCAAAGCAGCAAAAACAAGAAUCAAAACACACAACUACAGUGACACAAUAACUGCUUAUUUGCUACCAGCUCACUACCUAACGUCUGAGUUAAAGAUGAUAACAUUGUAGGUCUGCACUCAAGAAAAGUUUACAAUUUAGAAAACAUGUGAAUUAUAUUAGCAUUGCUUUGAUUUUAAGAAGAGAUCUGUGUUCCAUAUUAUGUUUUAUGUCAUAUAAGAUGUAAAUUGUUCAUUGUUAUUUUGUUAUUAACCAUUAAACUUUGUUUCACAUCUCA